GCCACCCUCCCCUUCCCCUCUUCCACUUUACGCGCCUCUCUCUCCUUCCCCUCUCUCGCCAAUUCCCCAUUCCCACCACCCCACCCCACCGUCGCCACCCCGUUCGGCCCCAAAUCCCCUUCAGAUCGGGAGGAGCCGGCGGCGAGCGGCGGGAAACCCUCCGAUUCCCCUCCUGACUGCCUCCGCGCGCCCUGAUUGACAGAAACUGCUAUUGAUCAGUACAAGAUGCCCGUAAGCUUUAAAUAUUGGGAUGACUGCUUGGAUCCGGAUGAUAUGCGAUUAAUGUGGGCAGAUCCUCAUGUAAGUAAAGAGUGGACUGACGCUGGGGAAGAACAGGGACAGAAAGUUCACCUAUCACGGGAUCCUGAUGGCGAGGCAUAUCUGACACAAACUGAAAUUAUGGUAGUUGCUGCAAUUACUGUUCAGAGGCAUUUCAAAUCACAGCUAGACCCGUAUAUGAUAGGUGCCCUUGCAGAAAUUGCGAGUGGAAAGAGGCUCUUUGUGGAUAACUAUGAUCGGAAGACUAAGGAGACUAAGAUGGGCAUAAUGCAGGUGACACCAGAAGUUGCUCAAUGGCUUGGCAGGGAACUGGGUUACAAAAAUUAUGACAUUGAACUUGAAGAUAAUAUUGAUUUACUAUACUGGCCUUUUAUAAAUGUCUACUUUGGUGCUGCUUAUGCAAAGUGGCUCUUCUCAUGUGAUGAAAAAGAAAGAACUGAAGAAUUUGUCGUUAGAGCUUACAAGGGAGGCAAAAAGAAAGCUACUCACAAGUCAUCUGCCCCCAUUUUCGAACGCUAUCUUUAUGUGAAAGAGACCUUGCUCUCUAUGAGACAACCAGACAGUUUAAACGAGCUGGCUCCUGAUCUCCUAGAAAAUUCCUCAACUGCAGGAACACAGCUGGUAUAUUGGGAUUCCAAAGUGUCAGUGGAAGAUCUGGAUGGAAUGUGGAGUCAGCCUGACGUCUUGAAGGAGUGGACAAAUUCUGGUGAGCGGCGUGGAAAUGUCAGAUUUUCGCAUGAUGCCAAGAAGAGACCGUAUCUUUCUCGAGUUGAGGUUAAGGCUGUUGCUGAAAUAAUCAUAUCUCGCCAUUUCAGCUCAAGAGGAGUAAAGCCGGAAGCCCUAGCUGCUCUCGCAGAGGUGUGCAGUAUGCGCUUUGUCCAUGGAGUACGUUCUCGGACAGGAUUGAUGGGAAUAGAUUACCCUACUGCCGCAUGGCUUUCCAGAGAUUGUGGCUAUACGGCAUACACAGUGAGCUCGGUGGAUGAUCUCUACAAUCCAUUUGCAUCAAUGUACUUUGGAGCAGCUUACUUGGGAUGGUUGUCACGAUAUGAAGGAAGGGAGAGAAGCCAUGAAUUCAUUGUUCAAGCUUAUCUUGCGGGACCAGACAAAGUUAACCUUCAGGAAACUGGACCGUAUUGGAAGAAAUUUCUGGAGGCUUUAAUACACUAUGAAGAUCCGAAGAAGGACCAGACGAGCUGCUGUAUUUUGUAAAAUCGUGAUGUCUUCAUACGAUUUUGUUUACUGAAGACCGCAGGCUGUAACCAGCAAAGCUUCGUUUUCACCAUCUUGUAACUGAAGGUAACUCGGAUUUAAAUAAUCCAUGUAGCAGUAAACACUUCAUUUGUAUUUUCUGCUUUUUUUCGAAAAGGAUUUGUAAUUUCUGCUGGCCUUUUGGUAUCAAACGAACUUUUUAUUCUCUGUAGCCUGUACAUUAUAUGAAAAGAAGGCACUGUUUAGUAAGGUUUCUGCUCGA